AUGGAUAAUUUUUCUUCAAUUUUUAGUCUGAUAGAUAUAAACAAGAGUUCACCAAUUGACUACAAAUCUGGUGUGAGUGGUGGCUCAGCAUGUUCAACACCUACUAAGGAUACACUCAAGCAAUAUGAUCGUGCAUACUCAGGUCCGAUGAUGCCAGCGAGGGGCAUGGGAGUGUUAUUUGGUGGCAGCGCUACUGGCACACUCUCUACAGCCCAUCAUAUAAGCAGUGGACCUCCUUCUCAUCAUCAUCAUCAUCAUUAUUCGACACCGUUAAAUUUCCGAAAAGGAUUCACAUCAAAGUGCUCAUGGAAGUGCACAGCCAUUUUAGUUAUAAUGUUAUGUGUUGUUUUACUAUCCAUAUUAGUUUUCAUAUCAGCUUCUUCAAUGUCAAGCUGGUCAUAUCAAUCAACAAAUCCGUGUACAGUUUUAGUUAAAGAGAAACAAGACGGCAUGAAUCCCUCAGGAAGGGAUUGUCCACCAUCUAUAUUGCCAUUUUCGACAGAGUCAUCAGUGCCAUCACAAGAUCAACCAGAAAUAGCGUCAUCGUUAGGUAACACCAUUGGAGGUAAGGAAAAUCGACGUGAGAAGCGUCAAACGCAUGAAAACGGAACUGUUGAUGUAGUUUUUGAUGAUGGUUUUGGGCAUGAUACUAAGAAGACGAGAACUGUAAUAGAAAAGAGAAUGUUGGUAAAUAUUUCAAUAUCGACGGAUUCUGGGUUGGGUUCAUUCCAGCAGGAAGUUUAUCAGUUACAAGUCGCAGUUCCUCUGCCAUUAGAAAAAGAGAAAAAUGAAAAAUUUUAUGCUUAUGAUGUUGAAGACAAUUCAGAUUUAGUACGACUAUAUAAAGAAUCAAAAGAAAAGUUUACUUCAUAUGAAAUUGUUACCAAUGGCUAUUCUGAUGAGGAAGAUUCUACUGAUGAAUCAUCGACUGAGGGCAUUGAUGAUGGCUUUAUUGUUUAUUCUGAAGCUGGUGAUAUGCCCGGUCCAAGGGCUAUUCCUCCUGAUAACACACAGUUUGCUGAAGUUGAGUUAGGGCAACGUUUACAAAGAUUAAUUCCAUCCUAUGGUUAUUGGAACAUGCAGUUCUUUAUGACUGAAAAAGCUUAUGUGAAAUUUAAUUUUACAAUUGCACGAGGGUCAUCAAUAGGCUUUUAUGGUCGUCGAAACGCUUUGCCCACUCAUACACAAUAUGAUUUUAAAGAAAUUCUUAGUGGUUUCAACACAAGAACAUCACGGGCGGCUUAUCAGCCAACAAUUCAUCGAGAUGUGAUAAAAUUCAUGGAAAACGGAUUUUGGUUCAUUUCACUUUAUAACGAUGAUGGACAUAAUCAAGAAGUGUCAUUUUAUGCAAUAGUAGCAGGUGAAAUGAUGAGAAACUGUCCAAAUGGAUGUAAUGGAAAUGGAAAUUGUAUUGGAGGCCACUGUCAAUGUAAUGCUGGUUAUGGUGGUGAAUCAUGCAACGAUAGCGUUUGUCCAGUAUUAUGCAAUCAACGUGGAGAAUAUAUUAAUGGAGAAUGCAGUUGUAAUCCAGGGUGGAAAGGAAAAGAAUGUCAGUUGGCACAAGGUGAAUGUGAGGUUCCAGAUUGUAAUGGUAACGGACAUUGUAUUAGUGGAAAAUGCUCAUGUGCGCGAGGUUUUAAAGGUCGAUUUUGUGAAGAAAUUGACUGCCCACAUCCAACAUGCUCAAAUCACGGAUAUUGUGCAGAAGGAAUUUGCAUAUGUAAGAAAGGAUGGACAGGUCAAGAUUGUUCUGUUGAAGAUCAAGCUGCAAUUCCUUGUCUUCCAAGCUGUUCCAAACAUGGAAAAUUUGAUCCGCAUACACAGAAAUGUAUUUGUGAACUUAAAUACAGUGGCGACGAUUGUUCAUUGGAACUUUGCGAUUUGAAUUGUGGAGAACAUGGACGAUGUGUUGAAGACAAAUGUAAGUGCGAUGAUGGAUGGGAUGGUGACUUGUGCAAUAUGAAACUUUGUGAUCCAAGAUGCAACGAUCAUGGUCAAUGUAAGAAUGGAACUUGUUUAUGCGUUACUGGAUGGAAUGGAAAACAUUGCACAUUAGAAGGGUGUCCUGGAGGUUGUUCAAAUCAUGGUCAAUGUCGUGUUGGACCAGAAGGUCUCUUUGAAUGUCGUUGUAACGAUGGAUGGGAUGGAAUAGAUUGUUCACUUCCACUGGAAAAAGAUUGUAAAGAUGGUAAAGACAACGAUAAAGAUGGUCUAACUGAUUGCGAAGAUCCUGAAUGUUGUACACAAGCGGCUUGCAGCACACAUCAACUUUGUGUGUCAGCACCAAAACCAAUCGAUAUUUUGUUGAGGAAACAACCUCCUGCAAUAACAGCGUCAUUUUUUGAACGAAUGAAAUUCUUGAUCGAUGAAGGCAGCUUACAAAACUAUGCCAAAAUGGAAACAUUCAACGAAAGUCGAGCUGCUGUAAUCCGAGGAAGAGUUGUGACUAAACUUGGCAUGGGUCUGAUGGGAGUGCGAGUAUCAACAACAAUCUCACGUGAAGGUUUUACAAUUACACGCGAUGAUGGUUGGUUUGAUUUGAUGAUCAAUGGUGGUGGAGCAGUUAAAAUUCUGUUUGGUCGUCAGCCAUUCCGUCCACAAGAAAGAAUUAUUAAUGUUCCAUGGAAUGAAGUUGUAAUCCUUGAUACAGUAGCAAUGUCAAUUGAUGAUGAUAAAUCAUUUGUUAGACAUCCAACACCUUGUGCUAGUCACGAUUAUGAUCUGGUCAAACCCAUCGUGUUAGCGACAUGGAAGCAUGGUUUUCAGGGUUCUUGUCCAACCAAAUCUGCUGUGCUUGUAGAAUCACAAGUUGUCCAAGAAUCGAUAACGAUUCCUGGUACUAGCUUAAAUCUUAUGUAUCACUCUUCUAAGGCUACAGGAUAUCUUAGUACAAUAGAACUUCAACUUACACCCGAAAAAAUUCCAACAACUCUUCAUCGCAUACAUCUACGAAUAACAAUUGAAGGAAUUUUAUUUGAAAGAACUUUUGAGGCAGAUCCCUUGAUAAAAUUUACUUACGCAUGGAAUCGUCUUAACAUUUACAAACAAAAAGUUUAUGGUGUAACAACAGCUAUGGUACGUGUAGGAUAUCAGUACACUGAUUGUUCAUCUGUUAUUUGGAAUAUACAAACAACAAAAUUAAGUGGACAUGACAUGAGCAUAAGUCAAAUUGGAGGAUGGAACUUAGAUAUCCAUCAUAGAUAUAAUUUUCAUGAUGGAAUUAUUCAAAUGGGAGACGGAACUACUGUUUAUCUUCGACAAAAACCUCGAAUGAUUCAGACGGUCAUGGGUGAUGGUCAUCAAAGAAAUAUCAACUGUGAUGGCGAAUGCGAGGAAGGCCAGCAAGCGACAAAAGCACGAUUAUUGGCUCCUGUUGCUUUAGCGACAGCAUCCGAUGGUUCAGUGUAUGUUGGAGAUUUUAAUUAUAUUCGUAAAAUAACAACCGAUGGAUUAGUACGAACAAUUGUCAAACUCAAUGCAACAAGAGUAUCAUAUCGGUACCACAUGGCGAUUUCACCACUUGAUGGCACAGUCUAUAUUUCUGAUCCAGAAUCACAUCAAAUUAUCCGAGUGCUUAGACAAAAUGACUACUCAGAUCCUGAACGUAACUGGGAAGUCUUUGUUGGUUCUGGUGAGCGUUGUCUACCUGGUGACGAAGCACACUGUGGCGAUGGUUCAUUGGCACGAGAUGCUAAACUGGCAUAUCCCAAAGGGCUUGCUAUUUCAAAUGAUGGAACAGUUUAUUUUGCUGAUGGAACAAACAUUAGGAAAAUCGACAGAGAUGGAAUCAUUACAACGAUUAUUGGAUCUCAUGUCCAUAAGUCCCAUUGGAAACCAAUGCCUUGCGAAGGAACUUUGAAGAUGGAAGAGGUUUUACUUCGUUGGCCUACUGAAGUAGCCAUUAAUCCGUUAACAGGUGUACUCUACUUCUUAGAUGAUCGUGUUGUAAUGAUGAAAACAUCUGAUGGACGAUUAAGGAUUAUAGCUGGUCGGCCUUUACACUGUUCCCCCUUGGGAGGUGAAGAUGGCGAUCGUUUAGCGGCUCAUGCCACUCUAGUCAUGCCUCAAUCUAUAGCAUUUGCUCCAAAUGGUGAUCUUUUUGUUGCUGAAUCAGAUUCACAACGAAUAAAUCGAAUUCGCGUUGUGACAACCGAUGGUCGAAUUCAGCUUUACGCUGGUGCUGAAUCAAAAUGUAACUGUUUAGAGCGUGGUUGCGAUUGUUACACGACCGAUCAUCACCUGGCAACAUCAGCUAAAUUUAAUACGAUCUCGGCACUGACUGCAACCCCAGAUGGAACACUUUACAUCGCAGAUCAAGCUAAUUAUAGAAUACGUGCUGUGACAUCUCAACUUCCUGCAAGUUCUACGCGAGAAUAUGAAAUUUAUAAUCCCGAAACCCAUGAAGUUUAUAUUUUCAAUAGAUUUGGUCAGCAUACAUCCACAAGAAACGUUCUAACUGGCGAAACUUAUGUUACAUUCUCAUACAAUGUGAACACUUCAAACGGAAAGCUUUCAAUUGUCACCGAUUCAGUAGGAAACAGAGUUUACUUUUUAAGAGACUAUUCUGCACAAAUUCAGUUUAUUGAGAAUUCUAAAGGUCAGAAAAGCUCAAUUAAGCUGAGUCCACGUUACAAAAUGCUCCAUGAAUUCCGAACACCAGAUAAUUUCAGUACGUCUUAUGAUUAUUAUGGAGGAACUGGUCUACUUAAAUCAAAAUUAGAUACAAGUGGAAGAUCAUUCUUUUAUAAUUACGAUGAGUUUGGACGAUGCACAUCAGUAGUAACACCAAGUGGAAAAGUCAUCAGAGUAGAUUUUGAUCUUAAUGAGAAAGGUGCAGUGAUUCAAGUGCAACCUGAUGAUAGAACAGUUGUUGUGCAGCAAAAUCAAGUAAUUGAACGUGUUGGGGAUGCAGUAACAAAAAUCAUUCAAGACGGUAGUGGAGGAACUGUUUAUGUUACUCCUUUUGGAACAAUAACUUCUGUCGAAACUGUUCCCCAUGCAAUUUUAAACGAAGUUGAUCCUUAUUUGGGAGAAACUUAUCCAGUACCAUCUCGUCAACGUAUCGAAGUGAAAAAUGAGAUUGUGAACAGAUUUGAAUGGCGAUACGCAAUGAAACGAAUGAGCUCAAGUCCAACAAAUGCACGCCCAAAGUCUCAACCAGUCCUAAGAAGACUUCGAGUAAAUGGAGAAUCAAUUCUCUCUCUUGAAUAUGAUCGAGAUAAUCAAAUGGUUUCAGUCAAUUCGGAUGAAAAAAUAGUAACACGGCUUCUCACUGUUCAAUAUGACAAAGGAUUACGACAAACUGCGUUCCGUCCACAAACCGGAGAUUAUAAUCCUGUUGAAAUCGAAUAUGAUCGGUAUGGUCGCAUUGGUAGUUGGGCAUGGGGAGAUUUAAAGGAAACCUAUUCAUACGAUGCUGGACGAUUGAGUGAGGUUAAAUACGCUGAUGGUACAUCAAUGUUGUUCACUUUUAAAGACGGCAACAGUUUGAGUCCAUUGAAAAUAACAACUCCACGAAGAUCCGAUUAUCUUUUGCAAUAUGACGAGACAGGAGCACUUCAAAGUUUGACAACACCAAGAGGUCACAUUCACACAUUCUCUGUACAGACUUCACUCGGAUUUGUGAAAUAUCAAUACCAUACUCCAGUUCAAAGACAUCCUUUUGAACUUUUAUUCAACGAUGAUGGUCAUGUCAUUUCAAAAACUCAUCCUCAUCCACAAAGUGGGAAAGUAGUUUAUGUGUAUGAUGAUGAUGGACAAGUGGAGACAAUCCUUGCUGGACUUAGUCAAAUUCAUUACACUUAUCAGGAGGGAACUGGCCUUGUAAAACAAAUCGAAACGAAAGAACCUGGUUUCGAGCUUCGUCGUGAAUUCCGUUACCACACCGGUCUGAUAAGAGAUGAGAAAAUGCGUCUUAGCUCUAAAGGUACAAUGACAUCAUCUCACUUCAAAUAUCAAUAUGAUAAUCAAGCACGUCUCAGUGCGAUUGAAAUGUCAAUUGAUGGAAAAGACAUGCCGAUGCUCCGGUUGAAAUUCCAUCAAAAUUUAGGAUCAUUAAUGAACAUAUCUGAUCUAAAGUUUACUCGAAAUAUUAAUCGAACCGUAAUUGAAGAUGUUUCUAAACAGUUUUUCACUAUAACCGAUUAUGACGAGCAUGGUCGUGUGAAAUCAGUACUUAUGAACAUAAAAUCAGUAGAUACUUUCCGCUUAGAGCUUGAACACGAUGUAAAGAAUCGAUUAAAAUCUCAUAAAGCAGCCAUAGGUCGUCAAACAUCAAUGGAUAAGAUCAAUUAUAAUGCAGAUGGACAUGUCAUGGAAGUAGUGGGUACAAACAAUUGGAAAUAUCUUUACGAUGAGAACGGAAAUAUUGUUGGAAUGAUGGAUCAGGGAGAUAAAACAAAUCUUGGAUAUGAUCCUGCUGACAGAGUGAUGCAAGUAGGAGACGUUGAGUUUAACUCAUAUGAUGCAAGAGGCUACGUUGUGAGACGAGGAGAGCAGAAAUAUCGUUAUAAUAAUCGCGGACAAAUGAUCCACGCUGCUGAACGUGAUAAAUUCCAAGCCUGGUUCUGUUAUGAUGACAUGGAUCGUCUUGUUAUGUGGCAUGACGAUAAAGGUAAUGUCACACAAUAUUUUUAUGCCAAUCCAUUAGAAAAGCAACUUGUCACUCACAUGUAUCAACCUAAAAACGGAAGGACUUUCAGAUUUCUUUAUGACGAUCGUCGAAAUUUGAUUGUAAUGGAAACAAUUGAUCAACGUUUCUAUGUCGCAACAGACCAAAAUUCUUCACCUUUGGCAUUUUAUGACGUGAAUGGAAAUGUUGUAAAACAAAUUAAGCGCACACCGUUCGGAAAGAUUUACAAAGACACCAACGUUGAAUUCUUUGUACCGAUUGGAUUCCAUGGUGGUCUUGUUGAUCCCAACACUCACCUUGUGUUUAUUAAUGGGCGUAUUUAUGAUCCAUCUGUUGGACAAUGGAUGACUCCUGAUUGGGAAAGACUUGCAACCAACAUGCUUCUCCCAAAUGAUGUGUUCACUUACAGAUUCCGCAAUAAUGAUCCUAUUAAUGGCUGGCGUGAUCAAUCCCACGACCAACAAUCGAUAGGAUAUAUGUCAAGUAUUAAUGAUUGGUUAAAGCUUCUUGGUUUUGAUAUAAACAAAAUGCAAGGGUCGAAAUACAUUAAUCAAAUGGCUUAUAAACCAAUAACCAAAAUUGAAGCAUCUAAACUUGCACCUCAAUUUGAAGUGAUGUCUGGGCUUAAAUGUAUUGUGGAUAAAAUUGAUGAAUCAUUCUCAAGCGUAGAAAUUGUUCCAAUUUCUACACAUUUUGAUAAGUCACCUAUAUCAAGACCGAGGAUUGCUCACCGACGAAGUAUUUUUGGUGAAGGCGUUUUGUUUUCACGUGUUGGUGGUCGGGCUUUAGUUUCCGCUAUUGAUAGUUCUAAUAGCGUAAUUCAAGAUGUUGUGUCAUCAGUUUUCAAUAACUCAUAUUUUCUUGAUUUGCAUUUCAAUAUUCACAAUCAAGACGUAUUUUAUUUCGUCAAAGAUAAUAUCAUGAAAUUACGAGACGAUACCGAAGAAUUGAGGCGAUUGGGAGGAAUGUUCAACGUGACAACACAUGAUAUUAACGAACAUGGAAACGAAAAUGGAAAGGAACUGAGAUUACAUGGCAUGGAUGCAAUCAUUAUUAUUAAAUAUGGAGUUGACCCUGCUUUGGAACGCAAGAGAAUUGUUAAACAUGCUCAUAAGCGCGCUGUUGAUCGUGCUUGGGAAAAUGAAAAACAAAUAGUCGCAGGUGGUGGUGAAGGUAGUAUCAAUUGGACAGAAGACGAAAAGGAAGAACUGAUUCAACAUGGUGAAGUUGAACAUUACGACGGAGUUGAUAUUCACAUCAUUCACAAGUAUCCACAGCUUGCCGAUGAUCCAAGCAAUGUUGUCUUCCAGAGAAGCUCUAAAGGACACUGACGUAAAGAUAAUGAUCGAAACUAUGAAGAUAAAGAUAUGAAAAGCCUGAAAAAAUCAGAAAAGGGAAGACAAAAGAAAAAAAACUCUUAAAAACAUAAUAAUCAGAUUUAGAUCCACUGAAUCCUAAAGUUUCUAUUUAAUUGUUUAAUGCAAGCAUAAUAUACACAUAUAAAUCCACAUGUAAAAUAAGUAAAUUCAUACUUACAAUGACGGACUGAAUUUUUUAUUCAUUAUAAAAGAAUUCUUGCAAGGAAAAUUAAACUAUUUUUUUAGAGAAAGAAAAAGGGAAGAUAAGAGCAAGCAAAAUUAAUUUGAACCGUCAAGGUUUUAAACAUUUCAAACUAGUCGAUGGAAGAGAAAAAUUUGAGGUCACUCAUUGCAUGCAAAUAUUUAGUCUAGAACCAUAAAGAAGUGAGCCAUAUGUAAAAUGAUUAAAAAGUUAUUAUACGCUCUUUUGAAGGGAGUUAAAAAUUCGUGCCAUGUAAAUAAGAUUUGGUUGCUAGAAAAUCUUCUAGCAAAUAGAAAAUAAGAAGUAAACGAUAUUUUGAAUAGUCUGUAAAAAUGACAGAUUUUCUUUUAUUGUACAGCCUAAGUUUGCUGUCUCUUUUUUCUGCUACAACAAUUGUGUAGAGUAAGAAUCAUGUCCUAAUAGGAAGUGAGUAAUUAAAACCAAUAGUUUGCUAUUAUAGUUUUAAUGGCCUAAGAAUCAAUUAGAGAAGCCAGAAACUGAACGAAUCCAUACAUCAAAAGUUUAGGAAUAAAGUAUUAAUUAUGUUAGACUAGCAAAGAUUCUCCCUCGCAUCUCGCAUAGUUUUCAGUUAGAAAAACCUUGAGCUUAACAAUAUUACUAUAGCAACAGAUACCUUUUAAUUUCACCACUCACGUUUUUGAAGUAACAAUACAGAAAUUGAACAAUAAAUUGUUGAUGACGAGAAAUGGGCGUAGAGCAGUAAAAGGAAGAAUGAUAUUGAAAUGCAUACACAGAGCAAAUCAAUCGAUUGUGUGUUGAAUAAAACUCUAUUUCAAUGCAAUGCUACAAAACGAAAUAUAAAAGAAAAACUAAUGUUUAUUCAUUACAAAACAAAAGAAUAUUUACAAAAACCUCUGCUUUUCAACAGGGUACCAUUAUUGAAAUAGUAAAACGCACUUUAUGAUUCAAGUUAAGGCAGAAGAGAAAGAAAGUAGUAUGAAUCUAUAAAGAUGAAAACCCAAAAUGCUCUAAAUUUCCACCACUUUAUUUAUGCUGAUUUAAUUCUCACUAAACAGCAACUGAAUAGUUGAAUACAAACAGCGACAUGCAUAAGGUUAACGAGUAGUGAAACAAUAAAAAGAAUUAUAUACAUAGAUACAUAUGUCCAGGAUGCAAUGAUUAUUAACAAUAGGAAUCGUUGAGUAAUAUUUUGUUCUACACUCUGAGCUUCUUUUUGGAACUUUGAAGACCCUUUGCCCAAAUCAUGAUCUUAAUACUAAAAACUUUUCUUAUAUUUUAUAACAACAUAAAAAAAUUGUAACUAGGGAAAGUUGUACCUUUGGGUGAUUCAUACUCAAACGGAGUUUGAUAACAAUUUUCACGUUUGUUAAUCUGAAAUUAGAUACAAGCAAUAUUAAUUUAAAAAAUUAACGAAGUGAGAGAAUGAAAAAUCUUAAGAAGUUUUAAGAAUGUUUUUAUGCUGUUGAUUAUCAAAUCAGAAUGGGACUAAUGUUGUUGAUAUCUGUGAUUUGAUUCAUUUCACUUCAGUCCUACACUUAUUGAAUCUCAUUUUUUGCAUUUCGGAUAUAAAAAUUUAAGGAAAAUUGUACUAAUGCAAUCAUUUUAAUUUGCAGUGUUUCACCAAUUUUCCUAAAACUUAAAACACUUCGAAACAAUACAUAUGUCGUAACUUCUCUUUGGUUUGAGAAAAAUUUUUAUGUAAGAAAAGAGCUGUAAAAUAAAUUCGUAACUAAGCUAAGAUGUUAGAAGCAAACAAAAUCUUUUUGAUAUUAAAAAAAAGAAGAUGAAAAUUAGUCUUUAAGGAAUUACGAUAAUGCUGAAACAGAAUGAAAAGAUAUGCAACUUAUUUUAGAAUAGAAAUCUUGUACAUAAAGUAAUGAUAAAUGAAACAGAUGGUAAAAUAAAAAGAAAUACAAAA